CUGUCGACAAUAGACUCUUAUCUCGUUCGAGUCGCGGAUAUAAACGGACACAUACAAAUAUGAUUACGAAAUUAUUAAUAAUUAUUCUACAUGUUUGUAUCCCUCUUGUGGGUACCACGCCCUCUACCGGUGACCAAUCGCUCUUCGAGAGGUCGCUAGAUGCCACAGAGGGACUUUUGGAAUUCUUCAGUGCGGACUAUAGCAGCAUCAACGUUGACGGACUUUUUGGACUUCGAGUGGGAGAAGGUCAGCUGCUGGACGCCAUCGAUGUCUGUGAGAAAAAGCCGACAUGUCCAUUUUCAAUACUCUCCCGCUUGACGGCACUGGCAGUCAAGCUGGGGACCACGUGCGAACGCGCCUUGCCCUACGUUGAACAAGCUGACCCAGCCUAUUAUGAGAGAUUCAUGCAGACUAUAGACGCCCCCUACCGGCUGCCAUAUAGAGUUACUACCCUUUCCGAUGACGAAGUCGAAAGUGUGACGAUUGGAAAGAAUUCUCUAUACGAUGAAGACAAAGGAGACGCAUGUUAUGCACGACUCUUAGGGACAUAUGAAGAAGGCGGCUGUCGUAUUGGGAAAUGUAAUGUCACCAAGAACUGUGUUGAUAUGAUGACGUCGAAGGGAACAUCUCGUUACGUGACCACACAUCAAUUACUCUACUUUAUCGUCAUGGAAACAGUGAAAUGUCGAGAGAAAGUGGAGGAGUUCCUGGGAGACAAAGGCGUUGCUAGCUUCCAGAAGGAUCUGUGUACUAAUAUUUACAAAGAGGCUCUCGAGGCGACCUCUGGCGGCAAGGUCAUGGAAUCGGAGAAAGAUUUGUUUCUGGAAAGAGUUUUACUGUGUGGAACCCUGGGUUACGAGGACUUCCUUAAGGAGGACUGGAUCAAAAUGACGCUUCAAUGGCCGGACAGUAGGACUGGCUGUUUCAAACCUCGAUACCACAGCAGUAUAUUUACAGGAAGAAGUGAGCGGUCCAAUAUGAGGAAACUUCUUCGGGAGAAAACUAUGAAAGAUGGCUGUCUGUCUCACACCUCCGGGCUGGGGUUCGGAACAUUCUGUCUAUACCUCCAUCACCUCACCAUGAAUAUAUGAGUACGGUAUCUGAAGAAUAAACAUUACAACUCCACCACAACAUUUUCGUUGUAAUUUUUACCAAAUAACUUCUUUAUUCAAUAACCCAAUAUCCGUCGCAAAACAUUUAUGUUUUCAUUCUGCAAUUCAUAGAUAAAUUAACAAACACCAUAUGUUAUUAUCAACCAGAUCUAUUACAGAUUGAUGUUUGCCAAAAGGAAUAUGUUUGGAUCUUUGCGUCAUACAGCUAGAGUAAUAACGGCAUACGUCAAAUUCAAAUUACGAAGAAAAUUGAUUGAUUUGGUUAUUACAGAGAACAGGGCCUUGCUGAAAUAAGUUUAGAAGUGUGUUAAAAAUAAGUCGCGAACACGACAAGAAAGAAGGGGAAAAGGAAAA